GGGUGAUUGACUUUUUCAUUUUGAAUAUUUAUUACUUGGUUAUCAAGUGUGCUUCAGAAUUUUGUGUUUCGUAGUUUAAUAACGAGCUUUAUAUAUUUUCUCGGUGUAUCUUUCCAAAAUGGCUUCAAACUUCAGAAAACCUGCUUUGGGUGUUGCUCAGCGUAAGAAGCUUGGACCAAAACCUGAGCUAACCGAGGAACAAAAGCAGGAAAUUCGUGAAGCUUUUGACUUGUUUGAUACUGAUGGGUCAGGAACCAUAGAUGUAAAGGAGCUAAAGGUUGCUAUGCGGGCUUUAGGAUUUGAGCCAAAAAAAGAAGAAAUAAAGAAAAUGAUAGCAGACACUGACAAGGAAGGAUCGGGCACAAUAGAUUUUAAUGACUUUUUAGCUAUGAUGACGCAGAAGAUGAGUGAAAAAGACUCCAAAGAAGAAAUUUUGAAAGCUUUUAGAUUAUUUGACGAUGAUGGAACUGGAAAAAUUUCAUUUAAAAAUCUUAAAAGAGUUGCAAAAGAACUAGGGGAAAAUCUAACUGAUGAAGAGUUGCAGGAAAUGAUAGAUGAAGCAGACCGAGAUGGUGAUGGAGAAAUAAAUGAGCAAGAGUUUUUGCGAAUUAUGAAGAAGACAAGUCUCUACUGAAGUACUGCUGUUCAGAAAUAGCAGAGUGCGUGUUUUUAAUUGGCUGAUUGUGAUAUUAAUAUCCAUGUCUGUUUUUUGUUCAACAGUAACAUUGUCAGUGCUGUAAUGUACCACAGCAUCUGUUAUAUUACUGUAUUUGAUAUUUAUAGCCAUUUGUUUUGACACACAGAAUAACAAUUAUAGUCAGAAAUGGCUGUAUAUUUUUCAAAAUUUCUUAUAAACUGCCUUUUGAUUUCACUUUAUGUAUGGGGUUUACCAUAAGUGAGGCAGUCAAGUGCUUGAUGUUAUAUAUUUGGCCACAGCAUAUAUUCCUCAAAGGAAGUCUCGACAGCUGAGGUUUGCUUUUCCCCAAGGUGUUGCAAACUCUGAACUGAUUAUUUUAAUUUGGGAUGCAGUAGCGACCCUAUAUAUGGGUGGUAUGGGGGCAUUUCUUCCCACAGAAAAAGCAAUACUAUCAGUACCAAGGUGAUUUCAUAGUGCCUGUUUCAGUAACUUUGUCGUGUACAGUUUAAGGUUACUGAACUUAUGAAAGACGCACAUAUCAGUACUAGGCAGAUAAAGUUAAGGAAUAAGCAGAGUACCCUGAGAAUUUUGGGUAAUUAGGGCCACAGCAACAGUGCCAAAUUAAUACAAAUCACAAAUAAAGAUUAUACAGUCUUUGUUAGUUGCACGUAACACUUUCCUACAUACAGUGAAAAUGUGAAGUAGCUAUAUCCUGUGUAGCCCCUAUUAAGCCUUUUACUCAAGUAGUGAGUGUCACAGAAGUAAACCACUAAAAACUAAGUAGACAUGUACUGGGGAGCUUAUCAUACAUCAAAGAAACAUAAAUUGUCAAAUGAUUUUCUAAAAGGAACUUGAGAAGUUUAUUAUAAGAAUUCAUAAAUGUAUGCCAAAGUGCAUAAAUAUGCUGGUGAAAGAGGAUAGGUGUGGGGGUAGUCCUUGUUUUUAUCAUUCUGGCAGUAUCUGCCAGCUAGUACCAGUGAAAUGCAAGCUUGCAGUACACCCUAAUGCAUUAACUGCAUUUGAGUUUAUUUGUAAUAGUUCCCUGAGUUCUCCCUUUGAUAAAAUAUGAUAUUCCUAAAAAUACUUAUUGUUUGUAUUUUUCCCUCACAUAAAAGUUGAUGUGAAAAUCUUGACAGUAAUGCAAAAUGUAUUGACUGUGAAACAUAUAGCUAAUGCUGAUCUACUGUAAUGUAUAGACUCCCGGUUUGUAUUCCUCAGAAAAACAAAGAAAUCGAUAUGUUUAAUGAGAACAGAUUCCAGGCAUUAUUACUCCAUUGUAAGCUUGCAGGCUGUGAAAGUUGAUGACAUCCUUAUCUUCAGUAAAUAAACUAAAUAUUUAAAUGUC